CAUGCCCUGAAGAAUACUACCAGAAGGAUCAACAAUGUGAAAAGAGACGACAGGUGGGCGAAAGAUGCACCAGCAGAUCCGAAUGUGUUGUUAACGCUGAUUGUAGCAAUAACACAUGCACGUGUCUGGAAGAUUUCUUCCAACAGGAUAUGAAGUGUAUACCAACAAUACCAGUUGGCAGCAAUUGUACAAAUGAAAAGCAAUGUAUGACGCCUUCCACGUGUAAUGACUCAGUAUGUACAUGCCCUGAAGAAUACUACCAGAAGGAUCAACAAUGUGAAAAGAGAGUUUUACCUGGCGAGAGCUGCGAGAACCAAACCUCAUGUGUGGAGAACGCUGUGUGUGUAUCGACUAAUUACACCUGUCAGUGUAGGCCAGGAUGGAUGGUGAAUGGAUCGAUGUGUACGCCAAAAGAGACAAGAUACGUGGAGAAUCUAAAAGCUUCUAGUAAGACAUCGUCAUCAGUUCUUGUGACAUUUGAUGGACCCUUGGAUUACAACAAGUUCAAGCUUGAUGUCAAUACCUCUACUCCAAGGUGUAUUGUCCUUCGUCGAAAUGCUUCACAGGAACACUGUAGCGCGUGCAAAAUUGAAGACAUUGAGCCACCUAGAGACAAGCGCAUAGAAUACAACGUGACAGGUUUAGAGGUCUUCACCGUGUAUGAGAUCAAGGUGGCGAUGGUAAAGUGCAACAAUGGAAGCUCUGAAGGCAGUCGCCCAGCAACUGUAACAGAGCGAACUGAUACAGCAGUUCCCAACGUUGUGAACGGCUUGACUACAUGCGACUCCUGCCUCGUGUGUGCAAUGUGGGCCCCCCCGGACCCAUACCCAGGGCCUGUCACAUACAGUGUAGAUAUAUUUGAUGAAGUCAACAUGAAAGUGGUGAAAGAAACCAGUAAAAACGCAACAUCAGUGUGCUACACAAAAGAAGAUGUCAGUCCUUUCUUGAGGUACACCAUUGGGGUGUCAGCCUUUACCACAGCUGGCCAAGGAAUGGAGAAACGAACGACAAGCAUGGAAAUUCAUUUCCUUGAAAUCAAGAUCAUCACAGCAGAAGGGGUGUGCAGCAGUCAUUCUGGCACUACAGGGAACUACAGGCAGAUGGCAAUACAAUGGUCAGAACCAGACAUUGGCUCAACGAUAACCAGCUAUUUAGUUACCGCCAACAAGGAAGCGCACAAUAUUCCAUCGAAGGCAGAUGGAGCGAGUACGGACUACAGAGAUGUGUUUAAUGUGACUCCAGGUCAGACAUAUACCUUCAAGAUUCAAGUACGUCACAAUGGUACUUUGUACAAUGUAUCCUCAGAAUCGGAGUGCCGUGCACCUAUCGGAGUUCCUCCAAAAUGGCCAGAGGGCAUACAACCAUCCCCCGUCGUCACCGACACUCAGUUCACAUUAAACAUUGAUUUUUUUAAUAACGGUACGAAUGGCCCCAUAACAAAACGUCGCUUGUACAUGUCACUUCACAAGAAAAUGCUGGAAGUAGCAGAUCACCAAGCUGGAGAUAUGAGGGCACCAAGUAUCGGGUGUUGUAGUGGAGGGUUCCUCGAAAACUGUAGGACUGGCUACUGUAGGACACACCUGGCACCAGACACAGUAUAUUAUUACCUUGCUGUUGUUUGCACAGAGAAAGGUUGCAGGAAUAGUCCAAUAUUUGACUUCCGAACAGAUAAAGAUAAUACCACCAGUGUCGUGGUCGCAAUGCUGGUAACGUCCAUUAUUGCUGCUGCCAUCAUCAUCGGUGCUGUCCUGCUUUGGUGUUCCAAAAAAAGGAACACCAACACCAGCCACAGUGAUGUGCGGGAUGGAAGGGUUGUGUAUAGAGUUCACUACAGAAAUAACGGUAAUGACUCGUCGACGGGGGAUUACUUCUCCCCUACUGUGGAACGCCACAGCCCAGAAUAUGAAGAAUUACAUGUGUAUGAGGAAGUUAACUAGUCUGCUGUCCACGCAUCGCAAUUGUCCAUAUCCCAUAGUACUCGUAAUACAUCCACAGGUUGCAAUGUUGUGACAUAGAUAUACAUGUACACUAGACAACAAAGAACGAAAUCAAAUACUGCUAGUUUCCAUUGUCAUUCGUUGUCAUUCUCAGUACAGGGGUAUCUCCAUUCAGAUUAGUUUCAGUAGUCAGAUGUUCCAAUAUUUGCUGGUCAAACACCUCUAUGCAGUUUCGGGAAUGUUGGACUUGAGAGAAGAGCUGCAUGCUUUCUAGAGUAAUGCACGGACAGAUGCACAGUAGCAUAGUACCUAUCAAUGUUUUCAAUGUAAUGUAAUGUAACUGUAAUUGAUGUAAUGAUAUUGGAAUGGUUGUUUGAUAGUCAGUCCAGUAGUUGGUCAAUAAAUAAGGAAACAUAAAACUUAUACACAUCAUCUCCUCGUUUUUUUGCUGUAAACGAGGUUUAGGUGGAACGUGAUUGUUAAUACUCUCGCUUGGUCCCGUAGGAAUGUCCAUCUAUACGUACUCUACUAGCUAAAUACAGUGAGUGAGUGAGUUUAGUUUUACGCCGCACUCAGCAAUAUUCCAGCUAUAUA